AUGAGAUCCGUAAUCAUGUCUUCAUCUGCUCUGGCCCUAGGACUACUAGCAUCCACAAGUUAUGGUCUUGUUGCUCAAGAUAGCAGUCUAUCUCGCCGUCAAGCGCCUGCAUACUCAUACUUGGGUUGCUAUACUGAGGGCACCGGUGUCAGAGCUUUGGGGUCUUUCAACAGCGUCAACCAUACAACAAUGACUGUUGAACUAUGUGCGGGACUUUGCACCUCCACUUAUACUCUAUUUGGGUUGGAGUAUGGAGGAGAAUGUUGGUGUGCCAAUGUCUUUGGUACAGGCAGCGUUUCUGCACCAGAAACUGACUGCUCGUUCCCAUGCCCUGGCAAUGCAACUGAAACAUGCGGUGCUGGAAACAGACUGAAUGUGUACUCGACAGCCCCUGCCCCUCCAGCAGCUCCUCAACACGUUCUGACAGCUGGGCCAUACACCAGAAUUGGAUGUUACACUGAAGGCAACGGUACUCGGGCAUUGUCAGGAGCCCAAGACAUCAACUACGCAAGCCAGACAGUCGAAAAGUGUGCCACCUUCUGCGCAGCGGGAUCUUAUGCCGUGAUGGGUGUAGAGUAUGGAGGAGAAUGCUAUUGCGGUAGCGCGGCCUCAUUUGCAGCAUCCGGGUCGACCCUCGCGCCUGAUACUGACUGUAACAUGCUCUGCGCUGGUUCUCCUGCUGAAUUCUGCGGCGCAGGUAACCGUCUUGACACUUAUCAAAUAACCGCUUAA